AUGAAAAUGGCAACCUUAGCUGAACAAGCAGAAAAACUGUUGGACUUUACCCAGAAACUGGACAUUCAGCUUCUUGAUAACAUCGUAGCAUGCAUGUACACUUCAGAUGGCCAGCAGCAAAGGAUGGCCCAGGAGGUAUUGACCACUUUGAAAGAGCACCCUGAUGCCUGGACCCGGGUGGACACCAUCCUGGAGUUCUCUAGCAACCAGCAGACCAAAUACUAUGCCCUGCAAAUUCUAGAAAAUGUCAUCAAAACACGCUGGAAGGUUCUGCCCAGAGCCCAGUGUGAAGGCAUUAAAAAAUACAUUGUUGGGCUGAUCAUCAAAACAUCAUCAGAUGCAACCCUGUUGGAGAGAGAGAAAGUUUAUGUUGGAAAACUGAACAUGAUCCUAGUUCAGAUUUUGAAAUACGAGUGGCCACGCAACUGGCCGACCUUUAUCAGUGACAUUAUUGGUGCUAGCAAAACAAAUGAAUCUCUGUGCCAGAACAACAUGGCCAUUUUGAAACUGCUCAGUGAGGAGGUGUUUGACUUCUCAAGUGGCCAGAUGACACAAGCCAAAGCCAAACAUUUAAAGGACACCAUGUGUAGUGAGUUCUCACAAAUCUUUCAGCUGUGCCAGUUUGUUAUGGACAACAGCCAGAACGCCCCUCUUGUUGGUGCCACCCUAGAAACACUGCUACGUUUCUUGAACUGGAUUCCCCUGGGAUACAUUUUUGAAACCAAGCUAAUAACUACUCUCAUAUAUAAGUUCCUGAAUGUUCCAAUGUUCAGAAACAUCACAAUGAAGUGUCUUACAGAAAUAGCCGGGGUACAGGCAUCUCAGACAUACGAUGAGCAGUUCCUGCAGUUGUUUACUUUGGGGAUGAACCAGCUCAAGCAGAUGCUUCCUUUAGAAACAAAUAUAAAAGAAGCCUAUCAAGGUGGCACGGAUGAUGAGCAGAACUUCAUACAGAACCUCAGCCUGUUUUUAUGUACCUUUCUGAAAGAGCACGCUCUGCUGGUGGAGAAGAAACCCGAGCUAAACACACUACUCAUGGAGGCUUUACACUAUCUGAUACUGAUUUCACAUGUUGAAGAAGUGGAAAUCUUUAAGAUUUGCCUGGAGUACUGGAGCUCUCUUGCCUCAGAACUGUACAGAGAAAACCCUUUUUCCGAUUCAUCCUCACCACCACUCAUUUUCUCCUCCUUGCGUGUACAAAAUCAGGAAUUACCCAUGCGGCGACAGUUAUACAAUCCAGUGCUUUCCAGGGUGCGUCUAGUAAUGAUCUCUCGUAUGGCCAAACCUGAAGAGGUGCUGGUGGUGGAAAAUGACCAGGGUGAAGUGGUCAGGGAAUUCAUGAAGGACACAGACUCCAUCAACCUGUACAAAAACAUGAGGGAAACACUAGUGUACCUGACUCAUCUUGAUUAUACAGACACAGAAAACAUCAUGACAGAAAAGCUGCACAACCAAGUAAAUGGUACAGAAUGGUCUUGGAAAAACCUGAACACAAUCUGCUGGGCCAUAGGUUCAAUAAGUGGAGCCAUGCAUGAGGAUGAUGAGAAGAGGUUCCUAGUCACAGUCAUCAAGGAUUUGCUCGGUCUGUGUGAACAGAAACGAGGCAAGGAUAACAAGGCCAUCAUAGCCUCCAACAUCAUGUAUGUAGUCGGGCAGUAUCCACGCUUUUUGAGGGCACAUUGGAGGUUCUUGAAAACUGUUGUCAACAAACUGUUUGAGUUUAUGCAUGAAACCCAUGAUGGAGUGCAGGACAUGGCAUGUGACACUUUCAUCAAGAUUGCACAGAAAUGCCGGCGCCAUUUUGUGCAGGUCCAGGUGGGAGAGGUGAUGCCAUUUAUUGAAGAGAUCCUCAACGGAAUCAACACCAUCAUUUGUGAUCUACAGCCGCAGCAGGUGCACACAUUCUAUGAAGCAGUGGGACUGAUGAUAGGAGCCCAGGUAGACCAGGUGGCACAGGAACAUCUCAUAGAGCGCUACAUGCUUCUCCCAAAUCAGGUAUGGGAUGGAAUCAUCAACCAGGCCACACACAAUGUGCAGGUACUGAAAGACCCUGAAACAAAUGUCAGAGCCUGCAAAGCUUUGGGACAUCCGUAUGUUGUACAGCUGGGGCGCAUUUACCUAGACAUGCUCAAUGUCUACAAGGUGAUGAGUGAGAACAUCAGUAGUGCUAUAGCCACCAAUGGAGAAAGUGUCACCAAACAGCCCCUGAUCCGAUCCAUGAGGACAGUCAAGAAGGAAACUCUCAAAUUGAUCUCAGGCUGGGUGAACCGUUCCACAGAUCCUCAGAUGGUUGCCGAUAACUUCAUCCUGCCACUUCUGGAAGCUGUGUUAUUAGACUAUCAACGCAAUGUCCCUGCAGCAAGGGAACCAGAAGUCCUCAGCACGAUGGCAACCAUUGUAAAUAGUCUCAAGUCUUACAUCACCAAAGAUAUCCCACAGAUUUUUGAUGCAGUCUUUGAAUGUACACUAACUAUGAUCAACAAGGACUUUGAAGAAUACCCUGAGCACAGAACAAACUUUUUCUUAUUGUUGCAAGCAGUCACACAGCACAGUUUCCAAGCUUUGCUAAACAUCCCCCCUGCCCAGUUCAAGCUGGUGCUGGAUUCAAUUAUCUGGGCAUUCAAACACACUAUGAGAAACGUAGCGGACACCGGCCUGGAGAUCUUGUACGUCCUGCUGCAGAACAUUUCUCGAGAGGAAGGGACAGCCCAGGGCUUUUACCAAACAUACCUGACUGACAUACUUCAGCAUUUGUUCUCUGUUGUCACAGACAGUUCUCAUACGGCAGGGUUGACAAUGCAAGCCACCAUUCUAGCAUACAUGUUUAAUCUUCUGGAACACGGCAAGAUCACAGUGUCACUCAACCCCAGCAUUCCUGCCAUGCAGAACGCUGUCUUUGUUCAAGAGUUCUUGCUGUCACUUCUGAAGACAGCAUUUCCACAUCUCAAUGAGCAACAGAUCAAGAUCUUUGUUCAGGGUCUCUUCAGCUUUGAUCAAGAUUGCAAUGCACUCAAAGAACAUAUAAGAGACUUUUUGGUGCAAAUUAGAGAGUUUGCUGGAGAAGAUCUAGAUGAUUUAUUCUUGGAGGAAAGGGAGAAUGCCAUCAGGCAGGCCCAGGACGAAAAACGCAAACAACAGCUGGCUGUACCUGGCAUUGUCGGACCCCACGAAGUGCCAGAAGAUAUGCAAGACUGA